AUGCUGCCUGGGUUUGGGGCGCUGAAGAUAAUGUACCUGCCAUAUUUCCCUUUGAAGAAGAGUAUUAGUGAGCUCAUCAGCCGUCAGGUCGGCCGCCUCAACCUUCUCACCCGCACCCGUGUGCUGGCUGCAUCAACAGCAAUCGAAAGUGGCGAGGUCAUACCGGUAAACCUGCCUCUCAAUGUCCCAGGCCAGCCUGCCUUCAAUCGAGAGCCGUUUGUCCACCAUAUCAAGACUCUGAUUCCAGGGUUAUGUUACGACGACAACUACUACAUGAAUACCCAGAGCGGCACUCAGUGGGACGGCUUCAGACAUACCAAGGGACAAGACAUCGAGGGAGCAGCUAGCAAUCUAAAAUGCUCCAUCCACCACUGGGCUGAGCGCGGCAUCGCUGGCCGCGGUGUGCUUUUGGAUUUCUGCUCUUAUGCGCACGCCAAGGGUCUCAAUUUUGAUCCAUACGACACUUGCAGCAUAUCUUACCAAGACUUGCUCGAAUGUGGCCGAGAGCAGGGCAUAGACAUUCGGCCUAGGGCGCAAGGAGGCGAAAUCGAUAUUGGCGACAUCCUCUUCAUCCGGAGUGGGUGGGUCGAGGCUUAUUACAGCAAGAGUCCAACCGAACGCGCCCAUCUGGGACUCAGGGGUCACAAUGACAUCAAAUUUGGCGGCCUGGCUCAAGAGGAGUCUAUACUUGACUGGCUGCAUGACUGCUACUUUGCUGCUGUUGCUGGGGACUCGCCCACGUUUGAAGCUUGGCCAACCAAGGCGGGUUAG